AUAAUGGAUCUUAAUUUGUUACGUAGUGAUACGUCUCCACGCGUUGCGUUUCAAGAACUAAUGAGAAACGGAGGACUUAUUGAUGAUGUAAUAUUAAAUGGUAGUAACGGACAGCCAGUUGGUGACACUAAUGGAUUCUUGAAUAAUGCUUAUAUGGAAACGGAACUACCGUCUAGUAACAGAGAAAAUGAGUCAGCUCGCAAAAAUACACAAAAAAAGAUUAUAAUAAGUGAUCAGGUUGAUGAUCCAAUUAGUGGUACAGAUGAAUCAUCGUCUACAUUUACGGAUGAAGAAUCGUUGCGUGAAGAUGGAUUCUAUAAAGAUUUAUUAGAGAAAGUGAAUCAAAGUAUAUCACUUGAUAACAAAAAUGAAUAUGCUUCUGAUGAUGAAAGUAUGAAGUCGACACCCAGCAGUGAGGUGAAUAAAUCGUCAUACGAUGAAAAGCAAAAAACACUAUCCAUUGAUGAAAAAUACAGUUCUUCGACUGAAAAUAAACAAAAUAGGCCACUACUUGGGCCAGAUGAUGGACACAAUAGAAUAUUAUGUAGUAAUAAUGAAUCAUCUCAGGAUAUAAAAGAAUCUAGCGAUCAGCGAGAUAAGACUGUUGUUGAAGGUAAACAAUAUCAGCCAUUAUCAAGUGAAAAAAUGAGAAAUUCUGAGGCAGUUGAUGAUUAUAAAUUAGAAGAUGAUGGCAUAGAAAAUGAUUCUUCUGAUAUUUCAGAAAAAAACUUAUCAGUUACUGGUAUACGAGAUGAAUCAUUGUCUAAUGAUUCCCAAAAUGAAACAUCAUUUUGUGGAACGGAAAAAGAUUCAUCAGCUGUAUCAAAAGAAGGAUUACUGAGCACAACCAUGCAUGAUGAAUCAUUACUGAGUGAGAAGCAAAAUAAAUCAUACAAUAUAAGCAAUGAGGAUAAUGAAUUUUCUUCGUCUGUGGAUACAGAAAUUGAAACGAUAUCUACUAAUCAACAAGAACAGUCAUCACUGAAUGAUAAAAAAAUUGAGAGAGAACAGAAAGCACUGAUAGAUGACCAAAAGGAUGAAACAGAAAGCAGUGAUUUCGAAGAAGAAGAAGAAGGAGAGGCAGAAGAAGAGGCAGAAGAAGAGGCAGAUACUGACGCGCAAAACGAAUAUUCAUCAAGUGAUAUUGAAAGUAAAAUCUUAUCAAACGAUGAAUCUUCACUUGAUAGUUUACUUAUUCGCGGAUCAAAUCAAAAGGAACAUGUCUUUGAAAGUUGUGAAAACUGCGGACCAGUUCAGUCUCAGUUUACUUCUCUCCUAGAUCAAUUACUUAAAAUUCGAAGAAAAACUGAUCAAUUAAAUAUGAUAGUGCAAAGUAAACAGGGAGAAAAUUCAGAGUUAUCAAUAACAGCUCAAAACUUACUGCUGGAUACUUUGAAAAAGAUGAGUAAACAAGAAGAAGCGAUAAAUAAGAUUCAAGAAAUGAAAAUCAAACAAGUGCAGCAUCUGCAACGAGUUAAGAAUCUUCGAAUGGUCCAACUUGAAAUUGAAAUGAAAAAAUUGUACAAAAAAAACAUCGAACUUUGCUACCAACUCGAAGAAGUAUUGUAUGCACUGAACAACAAAAGACAAGAACAGAUUAACUCACAAGAUUUUACCAUUCGAAUGGAAGAAAAGUUGACUGAUUCAAUGCAAAAAAUAAGCAAAGACAGAAAAAGGUUAGAUGGAAAAAUGAAGUAUUUGCUGAGUUUCGUUGAAGCUGCUGUGAAUACGAUUUUGAGCAAGGAAGAACCAUGCCUGAAAUUUUUUCUCGAACAACCGCUUAAUGGAGGCAAUGGAGAAAAAAUUCAUCAGAUAAAACAGUUGAUGGAUGAAAACGAUAGAAGAGCUAUGCAUGAAACUGAAAAACUUCUAACAAAGCAAGCGUACAGCUAUGAGGAACGAAUCAGUGGCAUCGUUGAUGAUUUUGAGCGUUAUUUGAUUGUUUUUGAAAGUUUGCAAGAAAAAUUAGAAUAUGUAGUUGAAUUGGUCGACAAAAUUUCUGGAGAAAUGCAGACGGUUCUUGAGAAGUGCAGUAAGAAUCUGAACAAUCCGAUCAGCACUCAACAAUAA